GGGCAGUGGGCUCCAGGCAGGCUCAGGCUUCACAUUGCAGUUUUCACUCUUAGUGUACACAGAGGGACUUUCUCAGGAGUCACAUUUACCGUCCACUUCUGACCUUUCUCUUGUCGUCUUUCUCCUUUUCCUCACUGAGAUGUUGCAAUGUUCCGCGCUGUCUUGCAAAACGUGGAUUUGUGUUGGGUGAUUUUGUUAUAUUUGUUUUUUGUACCGGAAGCUGGCUGCAGAUCAGCCUAUGCAGACAGCUGUCAUGAGGUGAAGACAGCAUACAUGAUGCGCCAAAUAGGCCAAGUGGAGCUGGUGCCAGACAGACCCCAAACAGAUGACUCUCUCCGAGUGUGUGUCCACUCUGGGCCUGGGUGCUGUACCAGUAAGAUGGAGGAUGGUUACAUGGCUGCUGUUCGCAGUGAGACACAGCACAAGAUGCGAUCCUACAGCUUUGAGCUCAAGUACCUGAUCGCUGGACACACCACGUCCUACCAAGACACCUUUGAUUCGCUUGUGUCCUUCACAUCUAAUUUGACCAACACCCUGUUUGACAGCGCCUACGCCAGCCUGGCAUCAGACUGUCGUCCCCUUGUUCUUCAGCUUUUCAAUGACAUUAAACGCCAUCUUUCAGGAGACGCUGAUACCUCAUUAGAACACGGAGUGCGGCGUUUCUAUAAUGACCUCUUCCCAUUGGUCUACCGCCGACUUCUUAACCCUGGUAUUGGCCAUCUGUCAGCCCACUCUUUUCCCUCUGCCUCCUCACCCAAUAAUAAAGACUGCCUCAGGAUGACGCAACAGGAUGUCAGUCCAUUUGGGCCACAUCCUCGACUUCUGGUCUCCAGCCUUUCCCGUGCGCUGGGAGGAGGCCGAGCACUGAGCCGAUUGCUAAGACUGGCGGGGGACGUUGUGGAUGCAACCGAAAAGGCAACGUUAUCUAGAGAGUGUGGGCGGAGCUUAGUAAGGAUGCAGUAUUGCUCCCAUUGCAGAGGUCUGACGCUGAUCAGGCCCUGUACUGGACUUUGUGUUAACGUUAUGAGAGGAUGCCUGGUGGGGAUAUCGGAGCUUGCUGCCCCUUGGAAGAAUUUGGUGGUAUUGCUCCAACAGUUAGCAGCGACUUUAGCGACCAGCAGCAACCACAACAGCAUGGAGCUAGCACUGUUGGCUACCAGGAACCACGUGAAUGACGCCAUCCUGCACGCACAACUGCAUGGGCCAAGAAUCACAGCAAUUGUCGAGAAGGUGUGUGGAUCCCAGGAAGGUGGUCCUAUGACGAUAAGUGGACAUUCUAACGUCUCACAUGUUACAACAUCCGCUGCGUCUAUGGUGCAAACAACCUCAAAGAGGGCGUCCAUGACGUCACCCUCAAUGGGAUCUGGUGGUCAUCCAAAUAUGCUGCUUCAAUCACAAAGGUCCUUCCCUCUUAAAGGAUCCAGGGGUGACAAGAGCCGUAGUUUGAAAAAACUAUCAAGGGAGUUUGAAGGUUCUAUUCAGCGGUACCAGUGUUUUUUCUCAGAGCUACCUGAGAUGCUUUGUGAAAGUGAGAUGGAGGUUGAGCAGCACACUUGCUGGAGUGGUCAAGAUGUUGUGGAGAGUUAUGCAGGUCGUGUGGUUGGAAGCGCUUUAAGAGCCCAAAGGGAGAACCCAGAGAUGACGGUUCGUUUUACUGAUCCUGUUCUAAAGGAGGCGAAAAAAAGGAUGGAGCGGCAAACACAGGAACUUUUAGCGGAACUUGGCUGGGGAAGCAAAGCCAGAAGAAAGGGUGAUGAAGAGGAGGGCGGCAGUGCAGAAACAGACACUGGGAGCGGAGACACUUGUGACGAUGAAGACGGCUGUGAGGCAUCUGGUGCUGACACAGAUGAUUUGUCCAGUGGACAUAGUCCAGUCAGAGAAGACAAGGCUCCUCCUCCUCCUCACCACCGCAAUUCUCCUCAUCCCAGCUCUCCUUCACUGGUGCCUGUUAAAGGUUCUGCCAACAUGCCGACUGUUAAACUGCUCCAAUUGACCCUGCUGACCAUGCUCUUGUUGCUGUCAUCGUGGGAACCCCGCUGACUCUUGGGUGACCCAUCCAGAGACUGAGAAACAGCCAUGUUCUCUCCAUGGAUGUUGCUGUUGUUUGGCAUUUAAAAAGUUUUAAAGCACAGUUUGGCCGCUCUGCUACUUUGUGGACGGUGAUGAUGAGGAUGCUGACGAUGAACUGUUGGUCCAUUUUCAUACAUCACCUGUACUGACCUGUGUAUGCUCACCUGUAUUUAACUUCCAUAGCAUAGCUUGCACAGCACUACUACUUUUUUCAAGAGGUGUAAAUACAAAUCUUUAUAUUAUAUAUUUAUAUCAAGACUUUAUGUAGAUCGCUUGUUGUGUAAAAUAGAGUUCAAAAUACCACCUUUUAGCACCCAAUGACAUGAUGCAUGACAGCGGAGGUCAGUGGUAACACUACUGCGAUGAUUUCUUCAUGUAAGAGGACAUAAUGACUGCUGUUCCAAGUACAAACCCCGUUUCCAUAUGAGUUGGGAAAUUGUGUUAAAUGUGAAUAUAAACGGAAUACAAUGAUUUGCAAAUCAUUUUCAACCCAUAUUCAGUUGAAUAUGCUACAAAGACAACAUAUUUGAUGUUCAAACUGAUAAACUUUUUUUUUUCCCCAAAUAAUCAUUAACUUUAGAAUUUGAUGCCAGCAACACGGGACAAAGAAGUUGGGAAGGGUGGCAAUAAAUACUGAUAAAGUUGAGGAAUGCUCAUCAAACACUUAUUUGGAACAUCCCACAGGUGAACAGGCAAAUUGGGAACAAGUGGGUGCCAUGAUUGGGUAUAAAAGUAGAUUCCAUGAAAUGCUCAGUCAUUCACAAACAGGGAUGGGGUGAGGGUCACCACUUUGUCAACAAAUGCGUGAGCAAAUUGUUGAACGGUUUAAGAAAAACCUUUGUCAACCAGCUAUUGCAAGGAAUUUAGGGAUGUCACCAUCUACGGUCCAUAAUAUCAUCAAAGGGUUCAGAGAAUCUGGAGAAAUCACUGCACGUAAGCAGCUAAGCCCGUGACCUUCGAUCCCUCAGGCUGUACUGCAUCAACAAGCGACAUCAGUGUGUAAAGGAUAUCACCACAUGGGCUCAGGAACACUUCAGAAACCCACUGUCAGUAACUACAGUUAGUCGCUACAUCUGUAAGUGCAAGUUAAAACUCUCCUAUGCAAGGCGAAAACCGUUUAUCAACAACACCCAGAAACGCCGUCGGCUUCGCUGGGCCUGAGCUCAUCUAAGAUGGACUGAUACAAAGUGGAAAAGUGUUCUGUGGUCUGACGAGUCCACAUUUCAAAUUGUUUUUGGAAACUGUGGACGUCGUGUCCUCCGGACCAAAGAGGAAAAGAACCAUCCGGGAUUGUUAUAGGCGCAAAGUUGAAAAGCCAGCAUCUGUGAUGGUAUGGGGGUGUAUUAGUGCCCAAGACAUGGGUAACUUACACAUCUGUGAAGGCACCAUUAAUACUGAAAAGAACAUACAGGUUUUGGAGCAACAUAUGUUGCCAUCCAAGCAACGUUACCAUGGACGCCCCUGCUUAUUUCAGCAAGACAAUGCCAAGCCACGUGUUACAUCAACAUGGCUUCAUGGUAAAAGAGUGCGGGUACUAGACUGGCCUGCCUGUAGUCCAGACCUGUCUCCCAUUGAAAAUGUGUGGCGCAUUAUGAAGCCUAAAAUACCACAACGGAGACCCCUGGACUGUUGAACAACUUAAGCUGUACAUCAAGCAAGAAUGGGAAAUAAUUCCACCUGAUAAGCUUAAAGAAUUCGUCUCCUCAGUUCCCAAACGUUUACUGAGUGUUGUUAAAAGGAAAGGCCAUGUAACACAGUGGUGAACAUGCCCUUUCCCAACUACUUUGGCACGUGUUGCAGCCAUGAAAUUGUAAGUUAAUUAUUAUUUGCAAAAAAAAAAUAAAGUUUAUGAGUUUGAACAUCAAAUAUCUUGUCUUUUUAGUGCAUUCAAUUGAAUAUGGGUUGAAAAGGAUUUGCAAAUCAUUGUAUUCCGUUUAUAUUUACAUCCAACACAAUUUCCCAACUCAUAUGGAAACAGGCUUUGUAAUAUUUACUGUAUGUAACAUACUUGCAUACGCACCUGGUCUGCCAGAGAAUAAGACGUAGCUGGAGGGAUCAGUGUUUCCAACUUAACAAAAUAUUUAGCAAGUAUCCAGACAGCUUUAGGACGUUUUUGGCAAAACGACAAAUCUAUUUUCUAUUUUAUUGUCUUAUUGGAUGCUUUUGGAGACCUUUACAUUUAAGCACAUAUCACUCUAAUCAACGAGCAGUGGGUCCAGCGCUCACAAAAUGUUAGUGACUCAAUAUAUGUCCUUUUUUAUUGAGUAUGGCUGUAUAAUAACCCACUAUAGUGUUUAAUAAAAUUGUACGAACAGU